AUGGAUGUUCCACUGAGUUUAUCGCAGCCCAGUGGAUCAAUUGAAUCGAGAUCGAAGCACCGUUCCAUCGCCGAUUAUACAGUACUCAAAGAGAUAGGAGAAGGUUCUUUUAGCAUAGUAUACCAUGCCAAAGAGAAAGAUGAAAAAAAACGAGAUGUUGCGAUAAAAGUGUGUCUUAAAAAGCAAAUCAUUAGGGACAAACGAGUGAAAUAUGUGCAUAGAGAAAAAGAAGUAUUAGCACAACUCUCAAUAAAAGAAAAUUUGCAUCAUUCAAUUGUCACGUUAUACGCAACAUUUCAAGACGCUGAAAAUUUAUAUUUCGCACUUACUUAUGCAAAGCAUGGAGAUUUAUUACAUAUUAUGCUAAAACAAGAAAACAAAUGUUUCACCGUUGAACAUUCAAAAUAUUAUGCGGCCGUUUUAUUAGACGCGUUAAACCAUUUGCAUACUCAUGGAGUUCUUCAUAGAGAUGUUAAGCCUGAAAAUAUUCUGGUCAAGGAAAACGGGAAAAUAAUUCUGAGUGAUUUUGGAUCUGCUGCAUUCCUUAAUGAAAACGAAGAAACUUCUUGUUCUUCUUCUUCUAGUUCAACUCCUCGACGGUGUUCCUUCGUUGGUACCGCGCAAUACGUCGCACCUGAGAUGUUGAAAGGCGAAGAGAUGACACCAUCGAGUGAUUUGUGGUCCUUCGGUGUUGUUCUUUACCAAUUCAUCACCGGUGAUCAUGCGUUCCAUGAUGAAUCAGAGUACCUGAUUUUCAAACGGGUCACUGAUGUUUUAUUCAAAUUCCCCGAUGAUUUUGAUGUUGAUGCCAAACACCUAAUUAGCAACUUACUCGUUCUCGAUCCAUUAGCUCGUUACACGUAUGCUCAGAUAGUCGCGCACGACUUCUUCAAUUCGAUAGAUUUCGAACAUCUUCUGCAACUCGAGCCUCCUCAAAUAUUUCAUUGA